GGGUAUUUCCUGCUCUCACCAAGGGUGUUGUCUUGUUAUUCUUCCUGAGUUUCUUGACAGCAGAUGCUUCCUCCUGGCACAGCUUUGGAGCCAGUAGAUACUGCUCCAUUCUUUUAAGACAUAGCAAUGAAAGUUCCUCCCUGUAUCCUCUUGUGCUGUCCAGCAGCGUCCCCUCUUGCACCAUGCUCCAGUCCUGCUCAGGUCAGGGUUUCCUCUGGGGCCUGGGGACAGCUGUGCACAGCCACAGCACCCCUGGCAGAGCCUGCUGCGCAGCCCAGACACACCUUCAGAGUGAGGGAGGCUAGAAAUUGAUCCUGGGGAAAUCCAAAUGUCUGGGAGUUGGCGUAGGAGCUGUUGAGCUUUCUCUUUCCCAGCUACCUGGUAGAGAGCAGCCAGGCCCCCAGACUUUUCUAUGCUAGAUGCUUUCAAGGAGCCAGCUUCUCCCUGGCUCCAAGCUUUUUGCAGCUCCAUAUGCUCAGUUUUGGGAAGUGGGUAUUGACAGAGCUGUGGGCUGCACAUGCCCAGGUAUUCCCUGGGUGCACUCGUGGCACUGCCAUGGCUCUGGCGAGAUGUUUGCUUGUUCAGCAUCCUCAACACAUUUGUACCCAAACACAUCUUUUGUGGAGUUUCUUUGUGUGUCAGCACUUCCUGCUGCCCCACAGAAGCUGCCUUGCAGGAGAGCAGUUUGCUUAGCUGGCCCAGUCUCCAGCAGCAUUUUAUAUCCUUUUGCAGGCCAAUGUGCCCCUAAAUCACUCACAUCUUGGCUCCUCUGUCUCUGGAAUGCAUUCAUUAUGUGAGCACCCAGACAGUUCCUCCUGCAGUACCCUGUGUUUCUAUCUUGAGACAUACCACAUGGUCCAUGAGAGAUGCUGGGAAGGGAAGUGGGCAGUGUGGGUGGAGGACACAUUCAAAGGCAACCUGACUCUCUUAGCCGUCACACCCCCAGCUGCUGGGUGCUUACUUCCCACAUGCUCCUGCAGCCGAGUUUCUGGAUGAGAGAAACAGGUCCUGCGGAAAGUCCAGAAAUUUUGGGAGACGCCUGGGUGACCGCAGAUAGGAGAGAGCUGGGAAGCCCUCGCCAGGACCUCACUGACCCCCUCUCCCUGGUCACCCUGGGGCGGUCCAUGCGGGUUAGGUGUCCUUCACCAGCGGCACAGCCGACCCCACGCUGCCUGCUGCCCUCCGGCACCGCCGCCCGCGCGUGAGGAACGGGUUCAGGUUACAGCCUCGUACAGAAAUGAGUGGGGCUGCGGGAGUCCAAUGAGGUUUCUGGUGCCGCGGCCAAGGUGUAUUAAAGGGCAGUGCGCGGGCGGCUGCGGGCUCCGGCAGUGUCCCCGGGCAUGGCGGGCCCGGGCAGCGACGGGGACCUGCGGCGCCUGCUGAAGCUGCACCGCACCGAGAUCGCCAUGGCAGUGGACGACGUCUUCCCGCUGCUGCAUGGCCUGGCUGACCACGAUGUCGUCCCUGACCACAUCUUCAAGGAGACGCUGAGCCGGACGGAGCGGGAGGGCUCCCACCGCGCUUUCCACGCGCUGCUCACCUGGCUGCUGGGCCGCGACACUGCCGCCGUCCGAGACUUCUGGGCCGUCCUCUUCAAGGACUAUAACCUGGAGCGGUACUCCCGGCUCCGGCCUCUCCGCGGCGCCUUCCCCAGAGGUAGUAGGGGGUCAGGUGGGACUGGCCCACCUGGGACUGGCCCGGGGGCUGACAGUGGGGGGGUGACAGCCAGGGUGCUGGUGCCUGUCCCUAUUCUUCUUGCAGAGGUGGAGCUGGGACGGCAGCGCCGUGGAAGGCGUCUCUCCCCGAGCCCCACAGCACCGGCCCCACACAGACCCCAAGGCAAGAGGAAAGCCCCUGAGGAGCGGGACAAGGCCCGGGCGGCACAGCCCGCUCCACGGCACAGUGCCAGUCCUGGGCCCCUGGUGAAGGCAAAGACUGUGAAGAAGCCGGAGGGCACAGAUACCCCCCGCACCUCUCGUGCCAGCGCUCUCCAGGCAGUGGCUGCCUCAGUGCAGAGAGCGGUGGCUGGGGCAGGUGGUGAGGUGCCCGUCAGCCGUGGGGCCAUCGAGGGCAUCCUCAUUAAACACGUUCUGGAUCCAAGCAGCUCCAAGACAGGCAGCAGAGCUGGUGACAAGCCAUAUACCCCAGCUGCCUGCGAGGAGCCAGAGGCCAGGAGCAAAAGCCACAGCCUGAAGCCCCCCACCCAGCCCAAGGCAUGCCAAAGUGUAGAUACCCCCCCCUCAGAUGUUUUCACCCCCAUCUUGUGCAGCUGUCAAGGCUGUGGCAGGGGGUUGUUCCUGCAUGGCAUCAUAGCCAUGGCCUGGGUGGGUCCCCCAGUGCAAGCAGUGCCUCUCCAAACUCCUUCUUGUCUCACCAACAGAACAGGGAACCCCAAUUGCACCCCCAGGGCCAGCUGCAAGCAGCCACUGUCUACAGCCAGGACCCUGUGCCCCACCAGGACCUUGCCACAGCCAUGGCUUCAGCCCAUGAGGGUGGCAGUGACACCCUGCCCACUCCCCCGGGGGCAGGAGAACGAGGAUGAGUGUGCAGCAUGCGGUGAUGGCGGUGAGCUCAUCUGCUGUGACGGCUGCCCCAGGGCCUUUCACCUUGCCUGCCUGGUGCCCCCACUGCCCCACGUCCCCAGCGGGACAUGGCGAUGUGGCUCCUGUGUGGAGAAUGUGACUGAACCAGGCCAGCUGCUGGAGGCAGACUUGCCUGUGGAGAGACCCGCCGAGAUCCUGGGGGAGGCGGCGCGGGACACCCAGCCGGGUGGGGUGGAGGGGAGCGUCUGCAGCCGCUGCUGCACCCGUAUCCCCACUCCCCACCACUGUCCUGCUCCCAGUGGGGACCCCAGGGGGCUUCAGCUGUGCAUGUCCUGCACGGGCACCCUGGACACAGGCAGUCUGGGCACUACUGCAGCAGCUGGAGACCAACUGCUUCCAGCAGCCAAGGUCAGCACAAGCAGUGCCAGGAACGGGGUGAGAGAGGAAGAGUGGGGCCUAAGGGGAGCAGGAAGGUGGAGGUGGGUCAGGCAGUGUGAGGGAUAGACAGGCUGACACCACAUGGAGGCAAGUUAGUGAAGCUGUAAUGGGGGAGCAUGAGCUGGGCCCACACCAGGUGAGGGACUGAACAUGAGCAAGCUGAGGGCAGCAAGGGAGCUGGCAGGACAUCUCCCCACACACAGGCAGAGGAUGCAGCUCUUGGCAGUGACCCUGUGCUGAGCCGGGAGGAGCUCGAUGCGCUGCUAGGUGAGGUAAGACUCUGUGUGACACCAACAGGCAGAUUCCAUGCAAAGGGGACCAUGUCUCUGGUGUGGCCCACAGGGUGACAUAGGGCUGUGGGUCAGGCAGCAU